CGAUGGCAAAUUGCUCGAAUCCCACCACAUCGAUGAGCUCGGGCCUCGGCGGCGGCGAUGGCGACGAGAGGGAGGAGGAACGUGCGAUUGCGUGGAGCGUCUUCGAUAGCGUCAAGGGCUUCCCUUCUUCGUCCCCGGAAGCCCUCAUGGCGGACAUCGACGCUGCUAUCGCCGCCUUCGAGUACGCCCGCGCCACAUCCGCCGCCGUCCGCCUCCCCGUUUCCUCCUCCUCGUCCGAGGGGGAGGCCGAUCGGGAUCGUCCGGCCGAGGCGGCUCCGAUCUACGAUAGGCAGGUCGCCGACGAGGCGUACAAGGCCGCAUGCGCCUCCCUUGCCGCUGGGAAGGUCGACGACGCCAUACAGUCUCUCCACGUUGCGCUGUCCAAGUGCCCUCCGGACAAGACCUCCGCCCUCGCUAAACUCCGAUCUCUCCUCGACAUCGCCUCCUCGCAGCACCAGAAGCAGCGGCGGUAGCCGCCGCAUCAAAGACAAAAGGUAUAACCCUCACCCGGGACGGGAAGGGAGCACUACCACAUGACCCAUUGCAAUAACAGUCCGAGGGCGAUGUCUUCCUCUUCUUGAAACUCUUAUUUGUAUUUUUCAAUGAUUUGAAUAACAUCUGAAGAGAUAAUACCACUCAAUUACUAUCAAACU